UUUUUCAGAUCCUUUUAAACUUGAGACACCUCUGAAUCCGCAUAGUGAUUAGAGUUUAAUCACAUGGAUAGUUAUUUGAUCUUAGUCUCCACUUUCCUCCUUGCUUGCUUUGGUGUAGUUCAUGUUGUGCAUGGCUCUAAUACUGAUACUACCUGUCCGGAUUUCUUGUGCGGAAAUCAAGAAAUUCGGUUUCCUUUUAGAAUCAAAGGCCGUCGUCAGUCACAAAGCUGUGGCUAUCCGGGCUUUGAUUUGGUUUGCUCAGGUACUAGUGAUGAUGAAGAACUGUUUCUUGAGCUCCCUGAAUCAUUCAAUGUCAUACACAUUGACUAUACAAAACAAACAAUUGAAUUAACCCCUCCAUCUACCUGCCUUCCAAAGCAGCUCCAUAGCCUCACUAAUAUCUCUGUCUUAGUUUUCCCUUUCCAGCGCAUGCUAGUUGAGAAGGGUGAUGACUAUCACUUCUUCAACUGUUCACCAGUGGCAAUGGACACAUAUAUAAACAAUGACAUCAUGAUUCCAUGCCUAAGCAGCUCAACCAGUCAAGUAUAUGCCAUUUCAUCUUGGCAUUCUAUCCAUGACCUGACAAUCCUGUUUCCUUGCACCAAAAUGUUCAAUAUUUCAUCCCUCCCAGAUGCACUUGUUCCAGCUCUGAAAGAUACUCUUGUUUUGUUUUGGUCUGAACCAAGCUGUCAACAAUGUGAAUCGGAGGGGAAAAGGUGCAGCUGGAACAACAGCACCAAGAAUCAACCCGAUUGUCUUGUUAAUGUCAUCCACAAGGGAUCAGUACUUGGAUCAUUUUUCCUUGUCCUCUUGACCGGAGCGAUUUAUUACAUCUAUGACACUUGCAUAAUGCAAAAGGAAAAACAAGCAAUUAUUGAAAAAUUUCUUGAAGAUUACAGAGCCCAAAAGCCAACCAGAUAUUCUUAUACUGAAAUCAAGAGAAUCACCAACAACUUUGGGUACAAGUUAGGAGAGGGCGCCUAUGGAACUGUCUUCAAAGGAAGCAUCUCAAAAGAAUUUCCUAUUGCGGUGAAAAUGCUGAAUAAUUCCCAGGGAAAUGGGGAGGAGUUUGUUAAUGAAGUUGGUAUAAUUGGUAGAAUCCACCAUGUCAAUAUUGUCCGGUUGGUUGGUUUCUGUGCUGAUGGGUUCAGAAGAGCUCUUGUCUAUGAAUUCUUGCCGAAUUCUUCGCUGCAGAAGUUCAUAAAUUUGCCCGACAACAAGCAAAACUUUUUGGGCUGGAAGAAGUUGCAAGAGAUUGUUCUAGGUGUAGCUAAAGGAAUUGAGUAUCUUCACCAAGGUUGUGAUCAACGCAUUCUCCAUUUUGAUAUCAAACCUCAAAAUGUGUUGCUAGAUCACAACUUCACUCCAAAAAUUUGUGAUUUUGGUCUAGCUAAAUUAUGUUCCAAGGAUCAAAGUGUAGUGUCAAUGACAGCAGCUAGAGGAACUUUGGGGUACAUUGCGCCUGAAGUUUUCUCAAGAAACUUUGGAAAUGUAUCUUACAAGUCUGAUGUUUACAGUUAUGGAAUGAUGCUGCUAGAAACAAUUGGAGGGAAGAAGAUCACAGAGGAUAUAGAAGAAAACAGUAGCCAUGUUUACUAUCCAGAAUGGAUGCAUAGUAUUUUAGAAGAGACUGAUGAAAUGAGAAUUCAUAUUGAAGAUGAAGGAGAUGCUAAAAUUGCUAAGAAACUAGCAACAGUGGGACUUUGGUGCAUCCAAUGGCAUGCAGUGGAUCGACCAUCAAUGCAGACAGUGCUUCAAAUGUUGGAAGGAGACCAAGACACAUUAGCAAUACCUCCUAAUCCUUUUGCUUCCACAGGGCCUUCAAGAAAAUAUGCUAAAAUUGGUGUGGCUGCAAGACAAAUUACCCAAGAUUUAGAAGUGAUCCAAGAAUUAGAUUGACUUUUAACUUGGAGUGGGAUGAAAAGUUUGUAUUUUCUUUAACUAGUCAAAUAAAACUCAC